ACUACUCCAAAGCGCGUGUUGUCCUACUUCAGUACCAGCACAUGCCUUCAUUCCACGGUAUCCAUAGAGACUGCAAUGAAAUCGUCAAUGAACUAAGGCUCAAGUUAAGAGAACAGUUCGGGAACAAAGAGUCUGAUGCUAAACAGCUAGCUGAAUGUGUAGAUUUGUUGCUGCAACUCAAAGAACCACCCGAUGAGCUCUUUGAUGAGUUUCUUUCUCAUGCCCGACACAAGUUGGAUGAGAGUCUGAGGGAGAUGUCAAGUCAUGUGAAGACUGGUAGACAGCGGACCGCAUCCAGCCCUGAGGAAGAUGAGGAUGGUGUUAGCAAUCAGGAGGGGGAGAGACCCUCUGAUAAGAUCAUGAGGUCACUUCCAAUGGAUAUAUUGGAGUUUGUUGACAGCAGCUGCAAUGGUUUUCUUGAGAACAUCUGUUUAGUAAUAGCCUCAUACAAGGAGCUCUUUGUGAACAGGCAAGCAGGAGAUUCGCAGGAAGAGGAGGAGUUGGAGCAGGUCGCCCAUGCCAAGCUUGGUCAGUUUGUGGAUUCCAGGAUUCAACAGUACUUUACAUGUAUUCAGGAUAGAAUACACGCUGAGAAAUCUUCUGUGGAGAAUUCGCUGCUGGUGAGAGCGUUAGAUCGGUUCUUCAGACGGCUGCAAGCGGUCCAUCGACUCUUACCGGACCUCAAGAUUCUCCAGCGAGGAGCUGAUAUAGUAGCAGCCGCAGCCAAGGAGAGGGCCCAGUACUACGGGGAUGGUCUUAAGAAGCACUUUGCAGAGUGUAUAACCGACAUCCGUCAGACGCUGUGUGCCCCGAGAGUGGUGGGCAAGCAGUCCGCACCCAACCUAGCUGAAUUAGUCAAUGUAACAUCGUCAUCCGUCAUCGAUCAGGUCAAACUUGUGCUUACUAGUCUCAAGUCAUUCCUCGGCCAAGAUAUCACGUUUGCUCAGUCUUUGUUCUUUGCUACCAAAUAUCCCACCAAGACAGUGAGAGAAGGGCUCCUAGUCGACUUCCUCAGGCACAUCUUCCAGACCUGUACAAAUCUUUGUGAAGGAGGAGGAGAGAAAGGAUCAGCACCUCAUACACUCAUCUUGAUCCUAUCCAGACUUCUAGUAGACUUUGAAACAACUCAUAUCAUACAACUGCUUGGUACUUGCAAUGCUCAGUUCUUGAUCGAAGAUAGUCGAGGCCUGACCCAGACAUCGACCCUCUGCUCGGAAGCCAAAGAUUCUGCCCAGUUGCUUCUCAAUCACUACGUGCAGUCACAGGGUCUGCAGAUAUCCCAAAUGUUGAGGAAGAGUGUGGACACAAGAGACUGGCUGAACACCAUCGAACCCCGCAACGUGAGGGCGGUGAUGAAGCGUGUAGUCGAGGACAUCACAGCCAUCGAUAGCAAUGUGGGGUCGCUGUAUGAGGAGGGAACCCGUAAAGCGCACAGCAGCGACUCCAGCAAGAGGACGUACCAGAGCUUCAGUGUGUCUAGGCAGCCACGGGCGCAGAGGAGUUACACUCCAAGCACCACAUUCGAUACCAGUCUGAUGAGCAACAUCCAGAAGCUCUUCUCUGAGAGGAUAGAAAUCUUCAGCAGUGUGGAAUUCUCUAAGGUCUCCGUCGUCACGGGCAUCAUCAAGAUUAGCUUGAAGACAUUCCUUGAGUGUGUCAGACUGAGGACAUUUGGAAGAUAUGGCCUCCAACAGAUUCAGGUGGACACACACUAUCUCAACCUCUAUUUAUGGAGAUUUGUAUCAGAUGAGAAAUUGGUACACUUUUUGUUGGAUGAGAUCGUAGGCAGUACUGUUCACAGAUGUCUAGAUGCAACUCUUAUGGAGACGAGUAUUGUGGAAGUGAUAUGUGAACGAGGAUGAAAUCGGCAAUGCGUGCAAUCAAGACUGGUCAUUUAUAUAUAUAUAGUAUAUCAGGAUAACAUUUUGGGACAGACAGAUAUAUGUUCGUAUUCAAAUUAUGUUUCAAUAUAUGAUAAUUGUUUUGUAUUUCCUUUGCCAACUGUAUGUUAUGGUAGCAAGAUGUAAUAUAGAAUUUGAUAUAUUUAUCUUUUUUAUUGUCAUUUUGAUCUGGAUUUACAAAAUUAUCCAAGAUGUCUGAUGACAAGAUAAGUUAUGUCUCUCUUAAGAGAGUGAAUGAGAGAUACUAUAAUUUGGAAGAGAAUGUUGAUACAUGUAUACAGUCUUAUUGUGUUAAUGUUAUCUGUGAUGUAAUUCUGUUUUUCUGUGUUUUAGGCAUAUUGUUAUCAAUUUAAGUACAGUGUGCAGUGGUGCUCAAAAGUUGGAGAACCCCCACCAGGAAAUGAACAUAUUUCAAGUGUUCAAGUUCUGUCAUGUUUUAGAUAUUUCAUUGUAAAGUCAGGUGAUAAAAUAUUACAUAAAUAAAUAGUUUGUUUCCUGGCUUUGCCGGACAUUGUGGUCUUUUUUCUACAUUCAAAACUCAGCAUGAACAAGUGCAUUUUCUGGUGGGGUUCACCAACAUUUUAGCACCACUCUAUGUAUGACUAAACGUGCCAGCGAAGAUUUGGGGAAGAUAAUUAUUCAUAAGAUACAAGAUCUCUGAUGACUACAAAGUCCAAUUCGCAAGAUAUCUACUAUUUCUUUUUGAUGCGUCGCCUCCAUGCAUUCCAUUUUCUUGCGUGAACUUACCAUGUUUCAUGGAAUAUUGUUUUACACAAUAAUAGAUUUAAUUAGUUACUAAUUCUAAUACAGUACGUCAUUAAGAUUUUCUUCAACAAAGUAAUUUCAAUGAUAUGAAAAGGUUGGCUGAAAAUUGAUACAAUUAUCGUAUCUGUGUAUGCACAGCCUAGAAUCAUUUUAUUUUUUUAUAAAUUGUUACCAUCCCUUUGAUAUUAGUUUUGAAAAUCCAAUUGUGAGAAAAUUCAGAAAUGACAUUUUGUCUGAUAACUUUGAUUUCCAUUUACCAAGACAUUUCCUUACGUAAAAAAAAAAGACGAAAACUCUCCAAUUUAUUAUAUUGGGAAUUGAAUAAUGAGUAUUAGCCUAGAAUACUGUCUCUCCAUUAGUAACAUACAUGGGGGCUUAAGCCAGGUUUAUAAAGUAAACAAACACGAAAAACUGUCAAAACAAUCCUGGUCCCAAACAAUUUUUUGAAAGAACUAGCUCAAUAUAUGAAUGUGUUUUUUUCCUAGAUAUGAACCGGAGCGUAUAUUAUGUCAUGCCUUCCAUUGUCAAUCUCAUUAUAUUUUGAUCUCCCAAACUGAAUGGAAGACUGUCUAUUUCUUCAUUUGUCUAAGUGAGUAAAUUAUAUAUUUCUUUUAAAAAGCAUUAAAAUAUUUAACAAUUUAUCAUGUACAUGCAGAUAGUGAAAUAAAUGAAAGGAGUAAAAUGUGUUACAAAGAGAA